UAGUCAAUCUACUGCGUCGUCUUCUCUUCCCGUAGUCCCGAGUCCCGCCGGCCCAUCUUCAUUCCUCUCCAUCGCGCGCGGUGGCGCAUGCAAUCUAUGUACUAGGGCUGGGCCGCUAGGUAGAUAGCUGCUGUGUGCACGUACAUCUCAGGCUCUCAGCUCUCUCCCUACCGUCGUCGUACGUACUCCAUGUACAGCUGCACUCGUGCCAUGGAGGAAGAGGGGGUCGGGAAGUCAUGGCUCGGGCUGGGGAUAGGCGGCGGCGGCGAUCUGAUGAAGCGGAAUAACCGACCACCGGUGCAGUUGGACGACCUGCUGUCGUUCCCGCCGCAGAGCGUAGCUGCUGCGAGCAAGAAGCAGGCGGAGAAAGGCGGCGGUGGGCGCAAGAGGCACAAGAUCGUCGUUACGGCCGACGAAGAUGGCCGCCAGUCGCCGCACGGCGGCGCGAGGAAGAAGCUCCGGCUCACCAAGGCGCAGUCCACGCUGCUCGAGGACACCUUCCGCGCCCACAACAUACUCUCCCACGCUCAGAAGCAGGAGCUUGCACGGCAGGUGAAUCUCAGCGCCAGGCAGGUGGAAGUGUGGUUCCAGAACAGGAGAGCAAGAACGAAGCUGAAGCAAACGGAGGCGGACUGCGAGGUCCUGAAGCGCUACUGCGAGAGACUGACCGGCGAGAACCAGCGGCUGAGGCUGGAGCUCGCGCAGCUGCAGCGGUCGCCGGCGGCGGAGGAGGCUGGGUUCUACGUCCAGUCGUCGUUCCCGUUCCCGCCGCUGGCCACGGCCAUGGCCAGCGUCUGCCCGUCGUGCGACAAGGUCGUCGCCGUGACGAGCGGCAAGAGCUCCACCAGCUACUCCUCGUGACGCGCUGGGUGGUCCACUAGUGGGCAGUUGACUUGAGACCUGUGAUCAUUUGAGAAUGCAUGGUUUACAAAUUACAAUACGAUCGAUGUGGCAUGCAGUGCAUGCUCUUGCAAGCUAGCUAGCCCCGCUAGCUUUUAUACUUAGCUAGAAAGUAGAUGCUGCUCCCAGAUUGAAGAUCUGAAAUAUGCAUGGUUGUGAUCAGUCACGACGAUCGAUUUGAGUUC